AUGUUGAAUAAACAAAAUUACAAAUUACAAAAUAAAAUCCUGUUCUUGGUUUCUAUUGUGACUUUAAUUAUCUCAAUAUUUGUGUUGAGCAAUGCACUUGUUCUUGAAUGUGAAUACAAAAUAUUAUGUCAGUGGACGGUUUGCGACCUUUAUUAUUGCGACCAAGGAAGAAUAAUUUUUGUUGGCGAUCCAAAUAAUGUGACAGAAGUAACUUUGAAUCACGUUGGUGGUAGAAGAAAUGAAGACGUUGAAGGAUUAUACAUGAAACAUGAUCAAAAUUUAACGUUCUUGCCUCGAAAUAUCCAUCACUUCUUUCCAAAUCUAAAAGCGAUUGCUGUUAACCAUAAUUUAAUUGAGAACAUACAACAAUCAGACAUCAGCGUUUUCCCGGAAUUAAUACAAUUAGGUUUUUGGAGGAAUAGAAUAUCGUCAAUUGAUUUCAACCUUUUCCAGAAAAAUCCAAAGUUGAAAGCAAUCGGUUUCAGCGAAAAUCCAGUGCAACACAUAGGAUAUGACGUAUUCGAUCAUUUGACUGAACUUGAAACGAUUGGUUUUCACAGUACUUGUCACAAUAUCAAAAUUGAAGGUAAUAGAACCCAAGUUCUCAGUGAGUUGCCUAAUUUGGCCCAAAAUUGUCCACCGAAAAUCGAUAUGAAGACAAUCGAUAUGCUUGAACGACAAAUUCUUGGUGGAGAACAUUUUGAUCAACAAAUCGCUGAGAAAAUAAGUCCUUUGACUAAGGAAAUCUCUCAGUUGCGUCAAGAAUUAACUCAGUUGCGUCAAGAAUCAACUCAGAUUGACAAUCUUGCAAAAAUCGUAUUAAAGAUUGAAGAAAAACAUU